CUUCACUCCUCCUAUAUCAUUGUCCAAAGCCUUGGUGCAAGGCCAACAGUCUCCCAUCCUCUCAAAAGAACGCGGAAGCUUUGCGUAAAUACACAGACGGCAGUGUGCAGCUUGUUUCCCAAUACCUACCGCCGCGGCCAACCAGGGUCUCUGCUGGAUGCGAUACAGACUUGCAGCAUGUAUAAAUGAUCCACCAUCGUGCUUCGCCCGCAUCAUCCAACAACACCCGCUCCUCUGCCAUUCCACACUUUUCAACAACUAGAACGAGAGUAAUGAUUUCUUCUUCUCCUUCGCCAUGACCUACUUUGUAGCUCAGCAACGAAUACUGGACAACCAAUGGCAGCCCGACAGGAGGGUCAGACCCUGGAUGUCGAGAUCUUAGUUCACGUCACUGCGCCAAGCAGGACCGCAGACGAUGCUGUAUACAGGCAACUCGCACAGUCAUAUCUUUCUUUUCAGCCUCAUCGCCACACUCCCAUCUCAGUAGCUCCUACACUGAAGCGUCAGCACGAAAGAGCACCGCACGCCGCUGAAGAAGGAGCUCCUAUAGCCAUAGAUUUCGCAACAGUGCCAUCAGGGCAGCCAUGGGUACCCGAAUCCCAAGAUCUAAGCUUUCGGAGUGUGUACGACAACCGCUAUUCACCGCCGUUACAGGAGAAGUGCAGUCCAGCAGAUGCAUCUCUGCCGGAAGUUAACGAUGAAGGGCUUCUCUCAACCCAGUUGGCAACCCAGGACGAGGCAUCUUCAUGGCAAGCUCCUCCAAGUCAGAUCAAUGAUUCGUAUCCCCUACCAGAUGCUGAGAUACGCCACACUACCCCAACAAGGGUCCUAGAGCACUAUCUGAGAAACUUGCCUCCGUCCUCGCAGCCUCGGCCCUUGUCAGCGGAUCGCUCAGACUCGCCAGUUAACCCUUAUGAAGUGAAUAUCCCGUCAUCCAUUCCGAUUCCUCCUGAUGUGGACGAAGCUGCAAGUCAGUCGCUUGGAUACAAAGACAAUGCUAAAAUCGUUCCCGUCACGCCUCGAGUGCCUGGUGCUCUGGCACGGAUGCGAGAAGAACCCUCAGCAACUGUAAUUGAUGAGACUAUCUAUAUCUCUAGCAGCGCAAUUGACACAGCUUCAGAGGCGACCACGUCAUUCAGAGCUGAGUCUGCACCGCCUCCAUCAAAACGCCACAAGGGACUUGCAGAUGAAGAAGCCGUGGCAACGAACCUCCAUCGAAGUGCGAGUGAUACCGGCCCAUCAGGGAAUAAACAACCAAUAGCGUCUUCAUCAAUCACAGCUAAAGACCCGAAUGACUUGGAGAUCCGGCCACCAACUCCUCCUACCGGAAUCGCACACCUUGAGCCCUCCAAUUUGGUCUCCGACAAGCUAGACAAACUCGCGCGAGAUCUAUCAUCACGAUACCGCCCUAAAGUAAACCGCCCAACUGACCCCUUUGAACGAGGCUACUGGCUCGUCGAGUGUGCCAGCUGGUCUCAAGAAAUCCACAGCGAAGCCUGGACCUUCUUGGCCAAUUACCUUCGCAGCGGCCUGGCCGGUUGGGGCGUAUGGUGCCGUCGCGACGAGACGCAUUGCUGGAUCCGCCUCUACUGCUGGGCUCACGUCGCCAAGCAUACCUACCUGCUACUGUAUCUUGCGAGCGGCAGGCAUUUGAAAGUGACUGGUGCGAAGUGGAUCGAUGGCGAUGGGGAGGUUGUUAUAGAAGUGCCUCCCGCGGAGAAGUAGUUAGGCUAUUAUUCUGCUACUUGAUGCGUAAGGCGGCCUAAAUUGUUACAAUGGAAUGAUUUAUCAAGAGGCGGGAGUUGUCAUCACACCUAUCAGUUGAUAUAAAACGUCGCAUGGUUUCCGAGGCUGGCGCUGGGGAGCUCUCAUUUUGAACGUAUUGGAUGGGCGUCGUUUCAGGAAGUGGAAAUGUUUAUUAAUACUUCACACUCUACCGUUUUUCUCCCCCUGUAUAAGAAAUAUCGUUCAAUAGCUAACAUUCAUAUAAUACACAAGUGGUCAUUGCACUGCAUUGAUCCGCAACAGAAGACAUAUCACUAUCGAGCAAAACAGUACUAAAGGAAUCCGACCGGCGUUUUAUUCUUCUUCGCUUUCGCACUUCCAUUGUCCCUCUCAUUUCCUAUCCCCAGCCCAAAACCAAAAGAUAGAUAUACCAUAAAAAAUACAGACAAGUGACAUGGCCCAAGAGAAAGAAAAAAAAAAAAAAAAAA